GCUAUUGUAUUGAUGUGUUGGAUAAGGUCGAGCAUAAUGAAAUGUGUAAAAGUAUGUUAUAUUAAAUAUGUAUAUCUUGAAUCACCUAUUAUUAUUAUUAUUAUUUUUUUUAGAUAAUUGCAAUAUUACGUUUGAAGACGAAUAUGAUAGUUUUUGUAUUGAUGUAUUAGAUAAAGCGGAAAAUAAUGGAUUGUGCAAAAGUAUUAUAUAUAUCUAUAUAUAAAUGAUAUCAUAAAUAUAUUGAUUUUUUUUUUAGCUGAUAAUGAUAAGCCGGAAUUGAUUUAAAUUGCCCCAAAUAUUUUCGUCGAGAAUAUACAAGCUGCAUCUUCAAAACAAAGUAAACGUGUAUAUAAUGAGAAUUCAAAUGGACAGAAUAAAAAUAAACGUAUGAGGACGACUACAUCAUCGACAUUUGUUCUAACAAAGUCUGCGUUCAACGGAUUGUGCAAAGAAUAUUUUUUAAAAAACACUGAUGGUAUUAAAAAUGCUAGAGAUUUUUUAGACCAUUCAAAGCCGGAGAUUUAUGCUAUACUAAACGAAUCAAUUGAAAACUCUCCGGUAAAGUAUAAUAUUAAAUUAGAGGCUACAUAUAUUAUACCUAAUACACAUACGAGAGAAAAUAGAGCAUUUAAAACUCGAUCAAGAUCAGUAUUUCAAUCAGAUGAUGUUAACAUUUUUUUAGAAUUAGAUUUUAUUAAGCUAUUACAAGAACAAGAAGAUAUGGAGCUCAAGGGCAGUGGCUUUUCAUUAGAGAGUAUAUACGGAAUUAUAUUCAACGUAAAUUUAUACAAACCUUUAGGAGGUUCGUCAUAUAUACCACUUCCGGCAUUUAUAGAGAGGAAAAAAGCGACGAUUAAUAUUCUGAACUUUGAUGAAAAAUGUUUUAAAUAUAGCAUUUUAGCUAAACUAGUAAAUCCUGUUCAUGCUGAAAGAAUAGGAUCUAAUUAUGUUGAAGUAGAGAACAGAUAUGAUUUUAAAAAUAUAAAUUUCCCUGCUUCAUUAAACGAUGUAACAAAAUUUGAAAAAACAAAUAAAGUUUCGGUUAAUAUAUAUAGUUUAAAAAACGGAGAGCUCAAAUAUAAAAAUAACGUAAAAAAAAAAAUUCAAAAAGAAUAAAUUAUACCACAACAAAACCUGAACAAACUAUAGUUUAUCCAGUAAAAGUAUGCGAGGAAGAACUUGAUGAUCACCAUGAUUUAUUAUUAUUUGGAGAUGGCACGGGAAAACAACAUUAUUGUCGUAUAACAAAUUUAGCAAAGUUAAUCGGAGCGCAACUUACAAAAAAUGGACACGCUAUGUCAUUAUGUAAGCGGUGUUUUAAGACAUACUUUGGUGUUAACCGUCGUGGGGUUACCGCAGAACAACGCCUUAAAGCCCAUAAAUUGAAUUGUAAUAAAAAUAAGCCUCUGAUACCAUUAUUACCGCGUCCUAAUACGUAUAUGAAGUUUGAAAAUUGGGAUCGUACGCGCAAACAUCCAUUUUAUAUUUAUGCAGACUUUGAAUCAAUAUUAGAAAAAAAUAGUAAUAAUGAUUCAAAUAAUACACACAAUA